GCUGCCGGGGCCGCGGCUGCCGCUGCUGACAACAAGAUGGCGGCGGCGGGGCCGGUGGGCCCCGAGAGUCGGGUGUUGGGCUACACCCUGCACCGCUGGAGCAGCUUCUCCUCCACCUACUUGCCCGAGAAUAUCUUGGUGGAUAAGCCCAAUGAUCAGUCCUCGAGAUGGUCUUCAGAAAGCAAUUAUCCUCCCCAGUACUUGAUUCUGAAACUUGAAAGACCUGCCAUAGUCCAGAGUAUCACAUUUGGCAAAUAUGAGAAAACGCAUGUCUGCAAUUUAAAGAAGUUUAAAGUCUUUGGUGGGAUGAAUGAGGAAAAUAUGACAGAUCUCUUGUCCAGUGGCUUAAAGAAUGAUUAUAACAAAGAAACAUUCACCUUGAAGCAUAAAAUUGAUGAACAGAUGUUCCCCUGUCGAUUCAUUAAGAUAGUUCCACUUUUAUCGUGGGGACCUAGCUUCAAUUUUAGUAUCUGGUAUGUUGAACUUAAUGGCAUUGAUGAUCCAGAUGUGGUCCAGCCGUGCCUCAACUGGUACAGCAAGUACCGUGAACAGGAAGCCAUUCGCCUUUGCCUAAAACAUUUUCGUCAGCACAACUACACCGAAGCUUUUGAGUCACUGCAGAAGAAAACCAAGAUUGGUCUGGAGCACCCUAUGUUGACAGACCUUCAUGACAAACUGGUGUUGAAGGGAGACUUCGAUGCUUGUGAAGAACUGAUAGAAAAAGCCGUGAAUGAUGGCUUGUUCAAUCAGUAUAUCAGUCAACAAGAAUACAAACCUCGCUGGGGGCAGAUCAUCCCCAAAAGCACUAAAGGUGAUGGGGAAGACAGCCGACCAGGGAUGAGAGGUGGCCAUCAGAUGGUUAUAGAUGUUCAGACAGAAACUGUUUAUUUGUUUGGUGGCUGGGAUGGAACUCAGGAUCUGGCUGACUUCUGGGCAUACAGUGUGAAGGAAAACCAGUGGACCUGUAUAUCCAGGGAUACAGAGAAAGAGAGUGGUCCUAGUGCCAGGUCUUGUCACAAGAUGUGCAUUGAUAUUCAACGAAGGCAGAUCUACACGUUGGGACGCUAUCUGGAUUCCUCUGUGAGGAACAGCAAAUCUCUGAAAAGUGACUUCUAUCGCUACGACAUUGACACAAACACAUGGAUGUUACUAAGCGAAGACACUGCAGCAGAUGGAGGUCCAAAGCUGGUGUUUGAUCAUCAGAUGUGUAUGGAUUCUGAAAAACACAUGAUAUAUACCUUUGGAGGCAGGAUUCUGACCUGCAACGGCAGCGUUGAUGACAGCAGAGCCAGUGAACCGCAGUUCAGUGGAUUGUUUGCUUUUGACUGCCAGUGUCAGACAUGGAAACUUCUGAGAGAAGAUUCCUGUAAUGCCGGACCCGAGGAUAUCCAGUCUCGAAUAGGACACUGUAUGUUGUUCCAUUCUAAAAAUCGCUGCUUAUAUGUAUUUGGUGGCCAGAGAUCAAAGACUUAUUUGAAUGACUUCUUCAGUUAUGACGUAGACAGCGAUCAUGUGGAUAUCAUAUCAGAUGGCACUAAGAAAGAUUCAGGAAUGGUUCCAAUGACAGGUUUCACUCAAAGGGCUACCAUUGAUCCAGAACUGAAUGAAAUCCAUGUCUUGUCAGGGCUCAGUAAAGACAAGGAGAAGCGGGAAGAGAAUGUAAGGAAUUCCUUCUGGAUUUAUGACAUUGUGAGGAACAGCUGGUCUUGUGUUUAUAAGAAUGACCAAGCAGCAAAAGAGAAUCCAGGUAAAAGCCUUCAGGAGGAGGAGCCCUGCCCAAGGUUUGCCCACCAGCUGGUGUAUGAUGAGUUGCACAAGGUUCAUUACUUAUUUGGAGGGAAUCCUGGUAAGUCCUGCUCUCCGAAGAUGAGAUUAGAUGACUUCUGGUCUCUGAAGCUCUGUCGACCUUCAAAGGAAUACCUGCUAAGACACUGCAAAUACCUCAUAAGAAAGCACAGGUUUGAAGAAAAAGCUCAGACUGACCCUCUUAGUGCACUGAAGUACCUGCAGAAUGAUUUGUAUGUAACUGUGGAUCACUCAGACCCUGAGGAGACAAAAGAGUUUCAGCUCCUUGCUUCAGCGUUAUUUAAGUCUGGCUCAGAUUUCACCACUCUUGGAUUUUCGGAUGUCGACCACACGUAUGCGCAGAGAACUCAGCUGUUUGAUACGCUAGUUAACUUCUUUCCAGACAACAUGACCCCUCCUAAAGGCAACCUGGUGGACCUCAUCACGCUGUAACGGAGCCAUCACUGGACAUGUGCAAGAGGGGAAAAGCAUCCAUUUUCAGUAUUUUAAUUUUUUUACUGCAUUGAUUGACUGCUGGGAUGAAGUAAUAUAGUAACCCCUAGGUGUUUGAAAGGGGUUUUAUACUUGUAUGGUGAAUCCCUGAAGCUUUUCCCUUGGAGUAGGUUAAUAAAAUGUAACUGACAUA